ACGUAAGGGGUUUCACAAACUCCAGUCAAAAAUGGCGGAAGAGUGGAACUCGAGUUUUCGCCGGAGUGUGGCGAGAAGCAUAGGCAGAAGUUUUAGCAGCGCUGCCGGGAGUUUGCGGAUGGAAGAUGCGUUUUCCGGCGUUGGAGGUGGUAGUCACGACGGAAGGAGCAGUCGUCAUUCCAUGGAAGACGAAGAGGCCUUGCGAUGGGCUGCUUUGGAGAAACUACCAACUUACAGUCGACUACGAACCACCAUCUUCAAGUCAUAUAUUCCAGAAGAUCAACAGGAACUGCAAUCUGAUCAGAUGUUGAUGGAUGUACGAGAGCUCGAUCCAGUUGCUCGACAGAAUUUCAUCAACAAGAUUUUUAUGCUUCCUGAAGAAGAUAACGAAAGGUUCUUGAGGAAGUUCAGGGAUCGAGUUCACAAGGUAGGAAUCUCCCUUCCAACAGUAGAAGUUCGAUUUCAAAAUUUGUCAAUAGAAGCUGAUUGCCAUGUCGGAGAUAGAGCACUUCCAACUCUCACAAAUGCUGCUAGAAAUAUCGUUGAAACCCUUAUCGCUACUAUUGGGAUCAAUUUCUCUGAGAAAGCUAAACUGCGCAUUCUUAAAAAUGUCUCCGGAGUUAUCAAACCAUCAAGGAUGGCACUUGUGUUGGGUCCACCAUCAUCGGGUAAGACAACGCUUUUGUUAGCUCUAGCAGGAAGACUCGAUAAAAACCUAAAAGUUGAUGGAGAGAUAACUUACAAUGGACAUAAGCUCAAUGAAUUUGAACCACGAAGAACAGCAGCUUACAUUAGCCAAAACGAUAUUCAUGCUGGAGAAAUGACUGUGAAAGAAACAUUAGAUUUCUCAGCAAGAUGCCAAGGAGUUGGAUCUCGUUUAGAAAUGCUAACGGAGCUUGCAAGAAGAGAAAAGGAAGCAGGUAUCAUCCCAGAAGCAGAAGUCGACCUUUUCAUGAAGGCAACCGCUAUUGAAGGAGAUGAGAGCAGUUUGAUUACUUAUUACACUUUAAGAGUAAGUAUUAUUACUCUUUAUUAUCUAAAUCUUUCCACACCCCAAUCAAAUAGGAGAAACACUAACACUAACAAUAUUCAUAUGUUUCUAAAACCAAAUCAGAUAUUGGGCCUAGAUAUAUGUCGUGACACGUUUGUUGGAGAUCAAAUGAGACGAGGUAUCUCCGGAGGACAAAAGAAGCGUGUAACCACAGGUGAGAUGCUUGUGGGACCCGCAAAAACUCUGUUUAUGGACGAGAUAUCAACAGGUCUAGACAGUUCCACUACAUUUCAAAUAGUCAAGUGCUUGCAACAAAUUGUACACCUCACCGAAUCAACAAUCUUAAUGUCCCUACUACAACCUGCCCCUGAGACAUUCGAUCUAUUCGAUGACAUCAUCCUUCUAUCCGAGGGCCAGAUCGUGUAUCAGGGCCCACGAGAAAAUGUUCUAGAAUUCUUCGAGAGUUGUGGAUUUGUAUGUCCAGAAAGAAAGGGUACUGCUGACUUCUUACAAGAGGUGACAUCUAAAAAGGAUCAAGAACAAUAUUGGGUGAACAAAAACAUACCAUAUAAAUACAUAUCAGUGAAUGGAUUUGUUGAGAGAUUCAAAAGCUUCCACGUGGGAGAGAAGUUGAAAAAUGAGUUGUCAAUUCCAUACGACAAAAACGAAAGCCAUAAAGCUGCUUUAGUCUUCCAAAAAUACUUAGUCCCCAAAAUGGAGCUCCUUAAAGCCUCAUGGGAUAAAGAGUGGCUACUAAUGAAAAGAAACGCUUUUGUUUUUGUUUUCAAAUCCAUACAAAUCGUGUUUAUAGCAUUCAUCAUCACGACUUUGUAUCUUAGGCCCACAAUGAACCACAGAAACGAACAAGAUGGUGUUAUCUAUAUAGGGGCACUUUUGAGUAGUUUACUCAUAAACAUGUUUAAUGGGCUUGCUGACCUGUCACUUAUCAUCAUGAGACUUCCAGUUGUUUACAAACAAAGGGACCUCAUGUUCCACCCUUCAUGGUGUUUCACUCUUCCAGCUUUCUUGCUUCGGAUUCCUAUUUCUAUACUUGAGAGUGUUAUGUGGUGUGGGAUUAUUUACUAUGGUAUUGAUCUUGCCCCUGAUGCUAGCAGAUUCUUCAAGCAUCUUUUGUUGGUGUUUUUGAUCCAGAAUGUGGCAGCAGGGUUGUUUAGGUUAAUUGCUGGGGUUUGUAAGACGAUGAAUAUUGCAAACACAGGAGGAUCUGUUGUGCUUUUGCUUAUAUUUCUGUUAGGUGGUUUUAUACUUCCUAAGACUCAGAUUCCAAACUGGUGGGAGUGGGCGUAUUGGCUUUCGCCUUUGUCUUAUGGCUUCAAAGGAUUUGCUAUAAACGAGUUUCUUGAUCCUAGGUGGACAAGCAAAACGAGCUCAGAUGGUUCAACCAACAUGGGGUUUGCAGUACUAAGAACCCUUGACAUCCCAACUAAAGAAAGCACAUACUGGAUUUGUGCUGCUGCUCUUCUUGGUUUCACAUUUCUCUUCAAUAUUCUUUUCACCAUUACUCUCAUGUAUUUAAAAGCCCCUGGAAAGCCACAAGCAAUUAUCUCCAAGGAAGAAGCUGCAGCCAUGGCAGGUCAAGAUACCAACCAAGAACAAACACCACAUCAUGCUGCUAGAAAUCAAGUCAGUUCUAAUGCUAAUGGUGUUGCUAAAAAAGGCAUGGUGCUUCAUUUUACUCCAUACGCCAUGUCAUUUGACAAUGUCAACUACUUUGUUGACAUGCCUGUUGAAAUGAGAGAACAAGGGGUAACAGAAGACAGGUUGCACUUACUUAGUGAUGUAACAGGUGCAUUUAGGCCUGGAGUCUUAACUGCAUUGAUGGGAGUAAGUGGAGCUGGAAAAACUACAUUAAUGGAUGUUUUAGCUGGAAGAAAAACAGGUGGUUAUAUCGAAGGAGAUACAAGAAUAUCAGGAUUCCCAAAAGUACAAGAAACAUUUGCAAGAAUCUCUGGAUAUUGUGAGCAAACUGACAUCCACUCUCCCACAAUCACUGUUCAUGAAUCCUUAAUCUACUCCGCUUUCCUUCGUCUCCCAAAAGAAAUCAGCAAAGAAGACAAAAUGAGUUUUGUACGUGAAGUGAUGGAGUUAGUUGAACUAGACAAUAUCAAGAAUGCAAUGGUGGGACUUCCAGGAGUUAGUGGAUUAUCAACAGAACAAAGAAAGAGGCUAACAAUUGCAGUUGAACUUGUUGCAAAUCCUUCAAUUAUUUUCAUGGAUGAACCAACUUCUGGACUUGAUGCAAGAGCAGCUGCCAUUGUUAUGAGAGCUGUAAGAAACACAGUGGACACAGGAAGAACAGUUGUUUGCACCAUUCAUCAGCCUAGUAUUGAUAUCUUUGAAUCCUUUGAUGAGUUGCUGUUGUUGAAAAGAGGUGGAAAAGUUAUCUAUGCAGGACCCUUAGGCAGACAUUCUCAAAGCAUCAUUGACUACUUUCAGGAAGUUCCUGGGGUUCCAAAAAUCCCUGAAAAAUACAAUCCAGCAACAUGGAUGUUGGAAGUCAGCUCUGCUGCUGCAGAGAUGCGACUUGGCGUUGACUUUGCUGAAAUCUACAGUUCAUCGGCUUUGCAACAGAGGAACAAGGAUUUGGUGAAGGAGUUGAGUGUACCUCCUCCAGGAGCUGUAGAUCUUCACUUUGAAACACAAUAUUCUCAAAAUAUAUGGGGACAAUUCACUUCUUGUUUAUGGAAGAUGUGGUGGAGCUACUGGCGAAAUCCCGAUUAUAACCUUGUUCGAUUCUUCUUCACUUUGCUUUGUGCACUCAUGGUCGGGACUGUAUUCUGGAAAAUCGGCAAAAAAACGUCGAGCAGCACUGAUUUAAAUAGAACAAUUGGAGCCAUGUACGCUGCUGUAUUUUUUGUAGGUGUAAACAAUUCCCAAACAGUGCAGCCGGUUGUUGCAACAGAAAGAACAGUCUUUUAUCGUGAAAGAGCAGCUGGAAUGUACUCCUCAUUACCAUAUGCCAUGGCACAAGUGUUUGUGGAGAUACCAUAUGUAUUCCUUCAAACCACAUAUUACACUCUCAUAGUGUAUGCCAUGGUGUCAUUCGAAUGGACUGCAGCUAAAUUCUUUUGGCUCUUUUUCAUCAACUUCUUCUCGUUCCUUUACUUCACAUACUAUGGAAUGAUGACUGUUUCCAUUACACCAAAUGAGCAAAUCGCAGCCAUAUCCGCAGCUGGUUUCUACCUACUUUUUAAUAUCUUCUCUGGGUUUUAUAUCCCACAACCCAAAAUUCCUGGAUGGUGGGUGUGGUACUACUGGAUCUGCCCCAUGGCAUGGACUGUGUACGGAUGCAUUGUUUCUCAGUAUCAUGAUUCAACUGACACAAUCAUGGUGCCCGGGAUGGAACAGGGCCCACUCCUCACAUCGUAUAUUAAAGACUACUAUGGUUUUGAAUUGGAUUUCAUGGGUCCCGUUGCUGCGGUUUUGAUUGGUUUUUGUGUGUUCUUUGCGUUCCUGUAUGCCACCUUCCUCAGAACUUUGAACUUCCAAAUUAGAUAGAAAGUGCAUUCUUGAGUAUGUGGGAUUUGAAGAGAGUAAGAAAGAUGAACUAAAGCUUGUUUCUUAUGGACAUUAUACUAUUGAAUUUGUAAAUUGUGUUGUAGUUUAUACGGUUGAAUUGUAGCAAACUAUUAUACUUUUUGUGUGAUGCCCUCCUAAAACAGGUUAAUGUCACGGAUGGUAACAAACUAUUAGAUUUGUGAAAUUUAUGAAGAACAUAUUUUAUACCA